AGAUAGCAGUUUUAGAAAGAGGUCAUUGAAGGGCAAUGACUCUUCCUGACCAUGGUGCAGACAUCAACUUUGGGGAAAAUAGCAGUUUACGGUGCUAUUGCAUCUGUUGCUGGAGCAGCAUAUUUAACUCAAAGAAUUCAUGAAAAUCUUGAACGUGGAGAGUACUACACGAAAUCUGUAGCCAUGCUGCGAAAGUAUGGUCCUGCAGUAGAACUCCUUGGUCAUCCUAUCAGAACAAAGCGUAUGGAUCUUGGUGACUUUGGGAAGAACAGAGUCGAUGGCCUGCGAGCAAAACUUACAAUCCCUCUAAAAGGAUCCAAGGAUACAGGAACCCUAUAUGUAUGGGCAAGCAGGGAAAAGCCUGGAGACAGUUGGGAUGUUACUCGGCUGGAUCUAGAGGUCAGCAAACUAAGUUCACUAAGGACAUUCCACAAGACAGAGAACUGGAAAGAUUAUCCCUAUGAGAAAGAGAAAACAUGAUAUGCUGAACACUAAAUUUGAAACAUUCUGGCACAGCUGAUAA